GCAUUUACAAAACUAUGGCGUUUUCUGAAAUAUUCACAAUUUUUAUCAUCAACUGUAUAUCUCAACCACUAUGACUAUAAGUAGUACUACAUCUGAGAUUCAACAGGGAAUUUGGGUCAUAGGAUAUGGAUCAUUAAUAUUCAAGCCUCCUCCACUUUAUUCAUUUAAAGUUACAGGAUAUUUGAAAGGUUACGUAAGAAGAUUUUGGCAAAGUUCUUCAGAUCAUAGAGGUACACCAGAAUCUCCUGGUAGAGUUGUAACUUUAGUAUCACUAAAAGAUUUAAAAUCAAAUUCUAAAUUCCAUAAUGAUUUACAUAUGUAUGAAUUAAAUGGUCGUCCUUAUGAAUCUGAAAUACUUGAUGAAUCUGAAUCUGAAAAAUUCUCUAUCCAAGAUAUAGAUCAUAAAAUUAGUCAAUUAACCAUUGAUGAUUUAAGAGUAUGGGGUGUCGCAUAUUAUAUAUCACCUGAGCAUGUUCAAGAAAUGAAAGAAUAUCUUGAUGUUCGUGAACAGGAUGGUUAUUCAACUCAUAAAGUUCCAUUUCAUAUCAUUCAUACUGAAGAUACUCCAGAAUCUAAACAAGUUCUUAAACAUACUCAAAUAGAUGAAAAGACAGGUGAUUAUUUUAUAGAAUCAAUGAUUUAUAUAGGAACUAUAGAUAAUGAAUCCUUUAUUGGACCUGAAUCAAUUCAAGAUACUUCUAAUAUCAUAAAGCAUUCUAAGGGCCCAAGUGGUUUAAAUUCAGAAUAUUUAAUAAAAUUAGCUAAUGCUGUACGUCAUCUCGAUGAUAAUGGAAAAUCAAGAGAUUUCUAUCUUGAAGAUUUAGUUAGUUUGGUAGCUCAUAAUUAGCUUAUAAUAUAUACCCAUUGCAUUUAUAGAUUAUG